ACUGCUGAUAAGAUUAAAGACUAGAAUUCCUGUGGCUGUAACUCAUUGAUUUCAGCAAGAGCUCAGGUGUCUUCCCUUAACUCUGUUUGGCACGUUUAAGUAGCUCAGCCUGUUCGACGAGGGGGGAAAAAAGCUGCUCGAGCUAAUAUUAGCUGUAGUAAUAUUAGCCUUUGAGCUAAUAUGAAUAAGAUGGAUGUUCUGGGAAUAGAUCCUCUUUCCUCUUUUUCUUUCUGUAGUUCAGCUGUUACAGUAUGAGACUGGAAUGUAUAACUUAUGAUACAGAAGAAAGAGGUUUCUGUUCAAGCAGCGUAAAGAGCUGAUGUGCUGCAUGAGAUUGGAGACAGGUCCAGUAAAACCAUGAACCUGUGCUCUAAAUGUUUUGCCGACAUCCAGAAGAAACAGUCGGACAUUGAGUGUUCCACAAAGUCCAGUCCAGCUUCUGGAAGCAGCCAGUCAUCCGUCUACAACAGUGACACCAGCAGCAGCAACAGCAGUAGUAGUGCAGGCCAGGCUUUACUGACAGUACAGAAGUGCUCAGAGCAGAACUCAACUAAACAAGCUGACCUCACAGCACAGGAAGGAGCUUCACAUACAGAACCUCUCUGCACAUCAGCUAAACGGCCAUGUGAUUCAGAUGAGGAGUCUGUGAGGAAGAAAGCACGAAUUUCUCCGGAGGAGCAAAAGCAGAAGAGCCGUCGUCGCUGUUUCCGCUGUCAGAGUAAACUGGAGCUGGUUCAGCAGGAGCUGGGUUCCUGCCGCUGCGGUUAUGUGUUCUGCAUGCGGCAUCGCCUGCCCGAGCAGCACGACUGUGUGUUUGACCACCAGGGCCGCGGGCGGCAGGAAGCUGUGAGGAAAAUGGUGAAGCUUGAGCGCAAGGUGGGCCGCUCAUGCCAGCGAAUAGGGGAAGAGUGUUCCUGAGCCACAGCCAAUCAGAGGAAGGCUCGAGUUGCAUCUGAACACGUCCCAUUUGUGCAGGUUGGACGUGGAGAUGGUCAGUCAGAAAGACUCGGGGACCCGACCAUGUUUUAAACUGCCCGAGCUGCUGCUGCCCAACUCUCAACUGCACUCAGCAUUAACCUGGACUCUGAACUUGAGAGACCAUUUGGUCAGUUCUGAUUCUCUGCAGGCUGAAGCAGACUGUCCUAAAGCAGCAUGGUGGAGGCUGGCUGCUCAGUCUUCAGGGCUUCUCAGGUGUGGGUGGAGGGUUUGACCACAGCUUUCUACCUUCUCCUCAACUCCAACCUCUUUCAAGGCCUUUCGGUGUGUGUGUGUGUGUGUGAGAGAGAGGCUGCGCUGAAGUUUUGUUCUUUGUUUGUUUUACUGGCAGUGGUAGUUAACAAUGUUAUGAGUGAGUAAAGUCUCUGAAAGACCAACCCAGGCAGCCUGAAGCCGAACAAAUUCUUCUAAAUCCUCAAUGGUGACCUCCUCCAAUGCAUCCUCGUCUGUUUCAUCCUCUCUUCCUCCUCACACCUGCUUCAGGAUUGACACGACAGCAGCCCCAUCAGAGUGUCCCGGCUGCUGUGGUUAAAGAGGUUUCAGUUGGACUCCUCAGGUCAGGAGUUAUUUUUAGUUUGAGUCCUUUUUUUACACCUCUUUUUGGUUUUUGCUUUAAAGUGGAAUGAAAAGAAAUUAAUAUUAAACUAUCUUGAACUUUUUAUUUAACUAUUAUUUGAUUUGCUCAUAUAGUUAGUAUAGAACAAGUCAUUUCUGGAUUAUUUAGAGUUGCUGUCCCCCACUUUAAUUUUGCUGAUUCUCCUUGUUCUGUAAAAACAAAAAUAAAUCUGAAUGAAAGUG